AUGUCUGAAUACGAACAAGUUUUAAGCUAUUGGUCCCCACUGAAGAUCGACCUGUUCCUGCAAGUUCGUGGACUCGAGGCACCAGUUGGACUCACCAGGAAAGAACUGGUCCAAUUUGCAGCAACUAAGAUCGAAGUUCCUAUUAUCAAACCAAAAAUCACUGCUGCUCUUUUGGAGAGCUUGGUCACUGAAGAGCUCAUAGACUACCUGGCAAUCAGAGACUACGUUGUUCUUCCCAAAGGAAGACCUUUAGUUAUGAUUCCUGAAAACAGAUCUCGUGGCACUAGAGAUGCUAUUGUCAAUCAUGCUCUCAAGGACUACCAUGAGUGUUAUCUUCAUGAGACUGACAUAGAGAAAGAAGAGGUUCAAGUGAAGCUUGGUGAAAUUCUUACCAAGACACGUAAGAUCAGCAAGAUAGCCCCUAAGGAUCUGUCUAUGACUCAGUUUACUUAUAGACCAACAGAUAUUGAUUUGAUUUUAGAGGCAUUUGGGGUGAACAAAAAAAAGCACACCAUUGACGAUCCCUUUUUAUUGGCGCAAGAGUCACUGAAUGUGUUUUCAGGAAACGUAUAA